AUGUCUGGCAUGUGGAAAGGCGGGAAAGAUAACGGGGACGAGGGCUUGAUGGCUGAGCCGCCCCACCCAAUUCCCAAUGAUGAUGGAUCGAGGUCUUCGAGGAGAAGUUAUGAGACCGCAAGAAGACAUGAGGAGCCUACUGAAAGGACGAGACUUCUUGAUCGCCCAAGGCACCCACCCAACUCCGAUGGCUAUCUCGACCCAGAUGACCCCGCUGUGUCACCUUACAACCUCUGGACCGUGCGUGCUAUGCGCUACCUUACCAUUCUGUUCCUUAUCAUCUCGUUUCUAUGGUUGGAGGAGGGCUGGGUCGGAAUCGCAAGUGUCAUUUGGGCUUUUGUCAUGGCUGUUUGGUGCAUCUUGACCGACCGUGUUGUCGCAUACGGAAAGCAGGAGGAAGAGGAACGUCUGACUGGCCGCGCCGAGACACGCCCUGGAAUGUCUGCAGAUGCACUCUCAGAAGCACUUGCCAAGGCUGGUGAAGAAGGACCAUACAUCCUGGUUUCUGCUGGCACUGGCAGCAUCGUCUCCCGCAUCUUCAGCUCCCGUCAUCUCAAGCAAGUCGUCGGCCUCAUGAUGAUCGACCCUCUCCACGAAGAUCUCCUGCACCGCAUCGGCAGCCCAGGACGCGGUUUCCUUCUCUGGGCCUGGGGUAUCAUCUCUCCCCUCGGCACCGUCCGCCUCGCCGGCGCCCUCUUCAAAGGCCGCACCCGCGAAGACCGUGUCUACGGCCGCAACGCCUACCAAUCCGGCAAAUACAUCAAAGCUCAACUCCAAGAGAACUUAGUCGCAGAUUCGCUCUCCAAAAACGAAGUCUCGGCCGCCAGAAACAUUCAGAGCGCAAACACGCCCCUCGUCAUUAUCUCAAGUGGCAUUGAAGUCAAGCGCGACUCAGAAUGGGAGCGCAAGCAAAAGGACCUCACUACCCUGACUGACAAACUUGUUAGCUGGGACAUCGUCAACAAGGCGCCACAUCAGGUGUGGGAUACUCUUGAUGGACGUAUGGUUAUGGAGAAGAGGCUUAAGCAAUUGGUCAAGGCUUCUCUAAAGGUCAAGUCUGAGGAGGUGCAGGACGCUUCCACCGAGGAGUAAGACUGAGUCAGGAGAGGAAGGGACACAUGAUGCAGUAUCGCGGUCCAGAUUGAAAGCGAAAAGAGCCGUAUGUAAUGCUAGUAACUUAAUAUCUCUUUAAUGUCAAGUUCUUUUUC